UGGGAGAAGUAGCAAUGGAGGCAGAGGAGCACAUUUUCCGAAGCAAGCACCCCUCAGUGCCAGUGCCCGAGAGCCUGACCCUGCCGGGAUUCGUCCUCGCCGGCGCCGAAGAAUACGCUGACAAGGUGGCGCUGGUGGAGGCGGGAGGCGACUCCGGCGGAAAGACUCUCACGUACGGCGAGGUCGCACGUGACACGCGGCGAUUCGCCUGGGCGCUCCGGUCGUUCGGGCUAAGAAAGGGUCAUGUUGUGGUGGUGGCGCUCCCCAACCUCGCUAUAUAUCCGGUGGUGGCGCUUGGCAUUAUGGAAGCCGGCGGUGUCUUCUCUGGCGUUAAUCCCCUUGCCACGCCGGCGGAGAUAAGGAAGCAGGUGGAGGACUCUGAAGCAAAGCUGAUAGUAGCGGAUGCUACCACUUAUCGCAAGGUGACGGAAUUGGGAAUUCCAAUAAUAUAUAUAGGAGAAGAGAAUCCGAUCAAUGGUGGCAUAAGCUGGGAUGAGCUUCUGGAGGCAUCUGAGAGGGCUGGCCCGACCACCGCUAUGGAGGAGGAGGAGGACCAAAAGUUAGAACAGAGCGACGUCUGCGCAUUACCCUACUCCUCGGGCACGACGGGCUCGUCCAAAGGAGUAAUGCUCACACAUCGAAACCUAAUCGCCAAUCUCUGCUCCUCCCUCUUCAGCGUUCCACCGGAGAUGCAAGGACAAGUGACCAUUCUCGGUUUAAUGCCCUUCUUCCACAUCUACGGCAUCACCGGCAUAUGCUGCGCCGCCCUCCGAAACAAAGGCAGGGUCGUUGUACUCCGUAGAUUCGAGCUGCGUGGCUUCCUCCAAGCGCUUAUUCACCACGAGGUCACAUUCGCCCCUAUUGUUCCGCCGAUCAUGUUAGCAAUGGUGAAGAAUCCGGUCGUCGAUGAGUUUGAUCUCGGAGGGCUCAAGUUACGCUCGGUUAUGACGGCUGCCGCGCCGCUGGCGCCGGAGCUAAGGGCAGCCUUUGAGGAGAAGUUCCCUGGUGUCGAGGUACAAGAGGCAUAUGGGCUGACAGAGCACAGCUGCAUUACAUUGACUCAUUGUGAUCCAAGGAAAGGUCAUCGCAACGCCAAGAAGCACUCAGUUGGGUUCAUUCUCCCUAACAUUGAGGUCAAGUUCAUCGAUCCUGAGAGUGGCCAGUCUUUUUCCAAAAAUAUGCCCGGUGAGCUGUGCGUUAGAAGCGAAUGUGUCAUGCAAGGUUAUUUCAAAAAUAAAGAGGAAACAAACCGGACGGUAGAUCAAGAUGGGUGGCUUCACACUGGUGACAUUGGAUAUAUUGAUGAUGAUGGAGAUGUGUUCAUUGUGGAUCGCAUCAAAGAGCUCAUAAAAUACAAAGGCUUUCAGGUGGCUCCUGCAGAAUUAGAGGCCAUUCUUCUUGCACAUCCUUCUGUUGUUGAUGCUGCCGUCUUUGCCUUGCCCGAUGAGGAAGCUGGGGAGAUUCCAGCUGCGUGCGUGGUGAAAAAGUCUGGAGUUAAUGAGACUGAGGAGGAUAUUAUGAGAUUUAUAGCGUCCAAUGUGGCAUCCUACAAGAAGGUCAGGGUGGUCAGAUUCCUCAACUCCAUUCCAAAAUCACCAUCAGGAAAGAUACUGAGAAGGCUGUUGAAGGAUUCCUUCAAUUAUAUACAACAACAAUAAGUCUUUUAUGACAAACAAAUAAUUUUACCAUAUCAAAAUAUUCACAGUAGUAAUAAUUGUCUUUCAAGUUUAGAUGGAUGUAAAAAUAAUUCAGUAAUUGCAAGAUGCUCCAACCUCAUAUUA